AUGUCUACCGAAAACUCAGUCCAAGGCUCCAGCCACCUGGCCAGCCCGCAGGUACUGCGCAAAGUCGAUGAACUCCGAGAGAAAAACGUGGGCCAGCACGUUCCCCUACCACAGCUCGUCGUCGUUGGAGACCAGAGUUCUGGCAAAUCGUCCCUGUUGGAGAAUCUAACGAAGAUUCCUUUCCCUCGCAAUGUCGAACUGUGCACUCGCUAUGCAACUCAAAUUACAUCACGCCGGGAUUCCAAGACCGAAGUUGUUGUGAACAUCAUCCCGGGUCCUCAUGCGUCCGACGACCAUAGGCGGCGCUUGGAAGGGUAUUGUCCUGAAGGGUUGUCUCCAGCUGACUUUCGAGACCAAUUCCCGAAAAUACUCAACGAGGUAAACAUUCGAAUGGGAAUUCGAACCGAUACUUCCUCAACCGACGGAACCGUUUUCAGCGAAGACAUUCUCAAGAUUGAAAUAUCAGGAUCCAAUGAAGACUACCUCACCUUGAUUGAUGUCCCCGGUAUUUUCCGAACACCGACUGAAGGAGUUACUACCAAAGCCGAUGUCUCGCUUGUCCAAAAAAUGGUGAGAACGUACAUCAAGGACAGUCGCACGGUUAUCCUUGCCGUGCUGCCAAGCAACGUUGAUCCUGCCACACAGGAAAUAUUGGACUUGGCCCAGGAUUUCGACUCUGAUGGAGAACGCACUUUGGGAGUGCUUACAAAACCAGAUUUAGUGACGGAGUACAGCGCUCAAGUUGCGGUAUGCAACGUGAUACUUGGCAAGAGGAAACCCCUGAAGCUUGGCUACCACGUCGUACGAAAUCGAGGUGCAGAUAACGAUGACGACUUUGAUUUCGACUCCAGCGAACAUGAAACAUUCAAAACUGAACCAUGGAGCAGCCUGUCCAAAGAUCGCGUUGGCGUGAAGGCAUUGAAGACACGACUGGGUGUAAUUCUUGGCCUAAUCACUCGACGAGAGUUUCCCAAGCUACGGAGUGACAUCAGAAACCAACUUACCGAUUGCCGGCGUCAACUGGGGGAUCUUGGUCAAGCUCGACAAUCUGAACAAGAGCAGAGACUAUUCCUGAAUAGGCUGAGCCAACAGUUCCAGAAUUUGGUACAUUCCGCACUUAAUGGGCACUACAGCAAUCAUCACGCCUUUGACAAGAGCGAUCAACUGAGACUAAUCACCCGUGUCGUCAACAUUACUGAAAGCUUUGGUUCGGACUUUGCUGAAAGCUCCCUACCGACACAAUUCGAGAAACUCCUUCCAAAGAUUUCCGAUGAUGGUGAAGAAAGCGACUUUGGGGAGUUCCUUCGGGACUCGCUUCUCAAUGGUCUCAUAACGGACAUGGACGUGGAACACCCGCAAGAUGGCAUCAUGGACUGGAUUGAAGACUUGUACCAACGUCCUUGUGGCAUAGACCUAGGUACUUGGGGGGGCGCAAUCCUUGCAAGUGCUUUCAAAGAGCAGUCAAGCAAGUGGGGUCGUUUGACACUGGGAUAUUUGAGCCAAGUCAUCUGCUCUAUUCACAAGUUUCUUAAAGCUGCUCUUGAGAGUCUGUGUACGGAUCCACGUCUCCGUGAUGACUUGUGGUCGUUCAUAGCCGAUGACAUAUUGAAAGGGUACAGAGCAGCUAUCAGACAUGCGAUCUUCUUGCUUUCUAUUGAACGCGACAAGAGACCGUACACUUUGAAGCAUUACUUCAACGAAAACCUCCAGAAGUCUCUUGGGAAUAGAAUAGCGGAUAUGCUGGAAGACAACGUCAAAAAAGAACUUCAAUGGGUCAAUGAUGUCAGAUCUGUCACUGCAUCCAAAAGCAAUCUCGAUUCUGUCAAGGAAGAUAUCCAUGAUAUCUUGCAUUCUUACUACAAUGUCGCCAGAAAACGGUUCGUCGACAGUGUGUACCAUCAAGCCGUGGACCACUAUCUGUUGACAGGGCCAGGUAGUCCUCUAUUCAUGUUCGACCAGGAAUGGGUGAUUAAGCUUGAACCUGAACAGCUGCAGGCGAUCGCCGGGGAGUCACCGGUUGUUUCGGAAAAGAGCCAAUUCCUGCAGAGGAAGAUCCGUGAUUUGGGGUCGGCAAUGCAUAUUUGA